AUGGCCGACGACAACAAGAAAGAAGUCCAGACGCCUUCGUCUGAUAAACCUUCCAAACCCUUGCACCCUGCGUACUCGGUUACAACCCUUGACGGUACUAAGGUCACCUAUACCUCUUGGGUUAAGCUUUUCCGUUUACAUGGCGUCGCCUAUCAAGUGCUCGAUCAUAUUGAUGAGACACCACCACCUGCUGAAACAAACCCUGAGUUUCAGUCCUGGAAAGAACUAGAUGCUUUAGUUCUUCAAUGGAUACUCAGCACCGUAUCCGAUAACCUGCUGCCCCGUGUGAUGGAUAACACGACCACUACUCGACACGCAUGGCUAAAACUGGAGAAGAUCUACCUGAGUAAUAAGAAAGCAAGGGCUGGGGCGCUUGAAACUAAGUUCUUUAAUCUGACCUUGGCCGCUUGCUCAUCCUUAGACAACUACUGCGAGCGACUCAAAGACCUUGUGAAUCAGUUAGAAGAUGUGGAUCACUCGGUCACUGAAGAAAGACUGGUCCUGCAUCUGGUUCGAGGACUAUCCGCGAAGUUUGACACGACUGCUUCCCUGAUAAACGCUAACAAUGCUGAUUGGGAUCUUGCUAGGAGCAUGUUGGAAGAUGAGGUUAUUAGACAGGAAGCCCGACAAAAGACUUCACAAUCGGUCCUUGUUGCCACCACCCCACAACAAAACUCGCAAACCCAACCCCCACUACACCCUUCAACCGGUUACAACCAACAAACACCACAACAGCCCUACUAUAACCGACCCCGUGGCCGUGGACGUGGCCGGGGACGUGAGAACCGGGGCCGCGGUUCAGGCCGUGGUACCCCUAACCCAUCACUCGGUUAG